AUGAGUAGCAAUUUGAGCCGGCGUUCCAGUCGCCAGCCGCUCGUUUCACGGGUCCAGUCGAGUACGACGGCCACGAGUCAGGAAGAUACGAAUUCCCUCACUUCGUUUCCGGAUCCGGAGGAGGGCGCCGUCGUCGAGGGGGUUGAUGAUGAUGAUGAUGAUGAUGAUGAUGAGGGAGGAUUGCUCGAUGAUCCGACGGCGGGAAUUCUUGGAGAAAAUGAUGAGAAUGGUCUCGACGCUGCGGCGGCGGUUCCCGCUGCUCUGAAUGGCCUGCUCGAUACCGCGGGGCGGCCGAGCAUGUUCGAUGCCGACGGAGAAGAUGACGAUGAUGACGAUCCGCAGAAUCUGGCGACUUGCGAGGAGAAUGUGCUGCAGAGGAUCAUCGCGCACCGGGGAGCGAUGGAGUUGGUGCGGAAUCUGAGCGGGUUGCUGGCGGAGCGGGAUGCGCAGGUGACGGCUCUGAGGCGGUUAUGCGAGGAAGUUGGGGUGCCGGAUGGGAAGAUUGCCGAGGCGAAGGGGAGGGUGCGGAGGUUGAGGCGGAAGGGGAGUCUGGGCGAGGCGGCGAGGGAGGAAGCGCAGCAGCGGACGGGGGCGGCGCAGCAGGAGAGUUUACCGCUGGAGACGACUGGAAAUGGAAAUGGGACGAUUCGGGGAUUGACGAGGUUGUUUGGCGGAGCGGGGAAGAGGAAGGAUAGUCUGAAGCCUUCCGGGUCUUCGAUUCGGACGACGAGUUCUUCGCGAUCCGCUUCGGUGCAGCGUGCGCCGGUCAAGAAGCGGACGGAACGGCCGAAGAGUGUGGAUGUUUUGAGCAUUCAGAGUACCGAGAGUUCGACUUGGAAUGCGUUUACUGGUACUAUCAAAGGUAUCAGCGGGCUCGGUGGAGGCGGUGGUGGUAGUGUGGGAGGGAAUGGUGGCGGAGGAGGGACACCGACGAAUAAUCGCGAGCCGGUGGAGAUGAGUACGAGGCAUGAUAGGGAUCAGUUACCGCCGACGCUGUCGCAGCCUUCCACGAAAGAUCCGCAGGAGGCGGAGUGGAAUAAGUUCUUGGUGAGGUUGAUGAAGUCGAGGGAGCAGAGUGGAGAGGAAGCUCGCAGUGGCGAAUUACUCGGAGCCUCGAGAUGGGGCCAUGAAGGCAACGCGUACGUUCUACAGGAAUCUCGGACGAAUUUGGAAGUCCCGUAAUGCUCACAGUCUUUCGCAGGGGGAAACAGAAACUCGAAAUGCUCACCCGGCUCGUGAUCUCCGGAAUUCCCAUGCGCCUCCGCCAACCGAUCUGGAUGGAACUCUCCAAUACCUAUGCCAUCAUGCAGCCGGACGCGUACCAGCAUUAUCUCGGUCUGCAAGACAACGAAGACCCCGAAGAGAUUGACGCGAUCCUGAAAGACGUCCCGAGGACCCUCACGAGCAAGUACGAUUACUACGCCGAGAAGGGGUACGAUCGAUUGAAGAAAGUCCUCAUUGCGUUCGUGAACAAGUAUCCCGGACUGGGCUAUACUCAAGGCCUGAACAUGAUUGCGGGAUACUUACUUCUGGCUAUUGCAGGUACGUGCUAAAACAUUGGAGAUUGGAUGUAGGCACGCCAUUGCCAUUGCCAUUGCCAUUGCCCUGCCCGUGAAAUCUUCCAUCUCACCCCCCACUACAACGCCAUAGCUAACAUACCCACCUCCCAGACGAAAGCGACGCAUUCUGGGUCCUCUGCAACAUGGUCGACGAUUUCUUCCCACCCGACUACUUCUCCAAGGAAACCUCCCUCAACGGGCCCAUCUCCGACAACAUCGUCCUCCGCCAAUACGUCGGCGAACUCCUCCCCAGACUCUCCGAUAAACUCCACGAGCUCGAAAUCGACCCCGAACACACCGUCCCCCUCAGCUGGUUCCUCACCGCUUUCGCCAGCGUCCUGCCCGAAACGGUUCUUCUGAGGAUAUGGGAUGUUUGGUACGUCUCCUCGCUUUUUUUUUUUUUUUUUUUUUUUUUUUUUUUUGUUUUGCGCCCCCCCCCCCCCCCCCCCCCCCCCCCCCCCCCCCCCCAAAAAAAAGAUCGAUCCGAAGAAAGAAGAAACUCUCGCUAAUCAUCUUUCGCCUCGCAAUAAAAAAAGGCUCACCCUCCCCUCCCAAAAGACCUUCCUCUUCAACAUCGCCUUGACCCUCCUCUCCAACCACACCAGACCCUUGCUCGAAUGCGAAACGCAAGGCGAAUAUUUCGCCUACAUGAGUAAUAAAUGCAAAGUAAACAACCAUCCCCCUACCCAAAAAUCUAAUUGGAAUGUUUUUUUUUUUCUAAUUUUUUUUUUCUUUGUCUUUCUAGGUAUCCGAAGAUCCGACGCAGAUCGUCGAGCUGAUCCGGCAGGCUUUCCUGAUGCGGAAGAAAUUGGAGGGCGUCGAGGUGCGGAGGGGGUUGGCGGUGAAGAAGUUGAAGAGGCAUGCGAGUACGGAGGCUUUGUUUACGCCGGACGGGGAGAGGGAGAGGGAGGAGAUGAAUCCUGGGGAAUAG